AUGUUAGGAGCGAAAUAUGAUUUCAGCCGAGAUCGUGAACGACGUGCUGGUAUUGAUGAUAUGGUUUUUAUGUCAAAAAAUACUGAUUCAGACAUAAGUCACAAUCUCAAGAUUCGUUUUGAUGUCAAUUAUAUAUAUACAUAUAUUGGUCCUGUUUUAAUUGCUGUAAAUCCAUAUAAAAAUGUUGAUUAUUGUCGUGAAAAUCAUAUGGAAAAAUACCGAGGAGCAACCCAAAUGGAUAAUGCUCCUCAUAUAUUUGCUAUCGCUGAAGAUAUGUUUAGUAAUAUGUUAAUUGAUUCAGAAAAACAAUGUGUUAUUAUAAGUGGCGAGUCAGGUGCUGGAAAAACUGUUAGUGCAAAAUUUAUUAUGUCAUAUAUCGCUGAAGUUUCGGGUGGUGGUCCGAAUGUUCAACGAAUAAAAGAUGUUAUUUUACAAUCAAAUCCAUUAUUAGAAGCUUUUGGUAAUGCAAAAACAAUUCGAAAUGAUAAUUCCAGUCGAUUUGGUAAAUACGUUGAAAUAAAUUUUUCACGUGGUGGAGAACCAGACGGUGGUCUUAUUUCAAAUUUUCUAUUGGAGAAGUCACGCGUUGUUAGUCAAGCUGAGAAUGAAAGAAACUUCCAUAUAUUUUAUCAACUAUUAUCAAACGCAGAAUUCUGUCAGCAAUAUUCAUUAUCACUUAAGCUACGUUUUCAAUAUAUUAAUCAUGUGGGAGCUAUUAAAGUACCGAAAAUUGAUGAUGCAAAAGAAAUGCAUGAUACACAACAUGCAAUGGAUAUAAUUGGCCUACCGAAAGAAGUACAACAUAAUAUAUUUAGUUUACUAGCUGGUAUACUGCAUUUAGGCAACGUAAAUUUUGGAGAUAAAAAUAAUUAUGCUACUGUUCUAUCAGAACAAGAUUUACGAGCUCCUUGUGCAUAUUUUGGCAUUGAAGUUGAUUAUUUAAAAACGAAAUUAAUUUCAAAACGUCUGGAAUUUAAAGAACAUCAAGAAAAUAAACAGGUUGAACAAACAUUUACUGUUCAUAAGGCAAUAUUUACACGUGAUGCAUUAGCUAAAUCAAUUUAUUCACGCAUUUUUGAUCAUUUAAUUCAAGCAAUAAAUUCUGCAUUUCAAACAACAAAAAAAAAUUUUGAACAAUUUUGUAUUAAUUAUGUUAAUGAAAAACUUCAACAAAUCUUUAUUGAAUUAACAUUAAAAAAAGAACAAGAAGAAUAUAAACGUGAAAAUAUUCAAUGGACACCGAUAUCAUUUUUUAAUAAUAUUGUUGUUUGCGAUCUAUUUGAAGCUAAACAACCACCUGGAAUGUUUCUAUUACUUGAUGAUAUAUGUGCUAGUUCACAUGCAACAACAGAAAAAGUCGAUCAAAGUUAUUUACAUAAAUUAAGUAGUUUAUCAAAUCAACAUCUAAUUGUUUCACCACCAACAUUUACUGUAAAACAUUAUGCUGGUGCUGUUACUUAUCAUUCCGAUCAAUUUUGUGAGAAGAAUCGUGAUAUUUUAAAUAUUGAUUUAAUUGAAAUGAUGCAAUCGAGUACUAUACCAUUUGUUAAACGACUUUUUCCUGAACAAACAUCAACAAUAAAAGCUCGACCGACAACAGUUGGCAAAAAAAUUAGUUCACAAGCCAAUGAACUUGUAACAAAAUUAAUGAGUUGUCAACCACAUUAUGUUCGUUGCAUUAAACCGAAUGAAAAUCAAGCACCUGGUGAAUGGAAUUCAUCAAAUGCUAUUGAACAAGUUAAAUAUCUGGGUCUUGUAGCUAAUAUUGAAGUUCGAAAAGCUGGUUUUGUUUAUCGUCGUGAAUUUGCAAAAUUUCUCAGCAGGUACGCUAUAUUAACAAAACAAACAUGGCCGAAAUGGGAUGGAAAAGUAACAGAUGGUGUUAUGCAUAUUGUUGAUAGUAUGCAUCUUGAUAGACGUGAAGUACAAUUAGGAAACACAAAAGUAUUUAUUAAAUCACCAGAAAGUUUGCAUGUACUCGAAGAUAUGCGUUUACGAAAAUUUGAUAAUUAUGCACGAAUUAUUCAAAAAGCAAUGAAACGUUUUUGUGCAGUUCGUGUUUAUCAAAAACAACGUGAACAAGCUACUGAUAUUUUGCAUGGACGAAAAGAACGUAAUGAACGAUCACUUGAUCGUGAUUAUGUUGGAGAUUAUUGUAAUCUUCAUCAACGACCUGAUUUACAAAGAUUAAUUCCACGUAAUGAAAAAACUGAUUUUAGUUCAUAUUUACACAAAUAUGAUCGACGUUUUCGUCGUCAAGGAAGAUAUUUUAUAAGUACGAAUCAAGCUUUGUAUAUUAUUGAUGAAGAAUGUAUCAAAGUUGGUGCUGGUGGAAAAACAAAUAAUGCUCCUGUUAAUAAAGGCAAACAACAAGAAGGUUAUAUGUUAGAAUAUAAAAUUAAACGACGUAUUCCAUUAGAAAAUAUUACUGAAAUUAAAAUGAGUGAAUAUCGUGAUAAUUUCUUUUUACUUUGUGUGAAUAAUGAUUAUGCUACAUUAUUGGAAUUAUCAAGUAAAACAGAGGUUGUUUCAAUUAUAUCAAAAAAUUAUGCGAAAAAAACUAAUCGAGCAUUACCAAUGACAUUUGGACAAGGUUUUGAAUAUACAGUUAAAAAACAAAGUUGGGUGGGCGGUGGUACACGUAGUGUGAAAUUUGUUCAUGGUGCUAUUAGUGCUGCAUCGAAUCAAAUCGAUCCAACAAAACUACGUAAAGGAGUUGAGAUGCCACGUGAUUAUGAAGUAAAAAUAAAUCGUAGUUCAAUGACUGUUAUGAUAUCAAAUGGUUUAUCUAAAGAAUCAAGACCAAAUAAAUCGAAUGCUGAGAAACCAAGUAGAGUACAAAUUAAACCUCAAACUAAUAAUUCUUCUCGGAAGCCACCAGCUAAACCUCCAAGGCCAAUAGCUGCAAAACCAUCAAAACAACAAAAGAAACUUCGUGCAUUGUAUGAUUUUGAAGCACGAUCUGCUGAUGAACUUACAUUUCAGGCUGAUAAUGAAUUAUUUCUUAUUGAUAAUAGUGAUGAAACUUGGUGGAAAGCUGAACUUGAUGGGAAAACAGGGGUUGUACCAUCAAAUUAUGUUGAAGUUAUUAUUUGA